GCGUUCCGCAGCCGGGCAGCCGGGCGAGCUCCCUGGCUGCUCCCUGUCCGCUCCCUGCGCUCCCGCCCAACCAUGUUUCUGCUGCUGGGGCUGUGCCUGGGGCUGCCCCUCUUCGUCCGGUCGCAGGAAGAGGGUCGGAGCCGGUUUGAUGCCUCGGAGCAAGUCGUAUUCAGGGCGCCCAGACAACUCCGGCUGUGGCAAAGGCUGAAAAACAAGCCCUUGAUGACAGAGUUCUCUGUGAAGUCCACCAUCAUUUCCCGUUAUGCCUUUACCACGAUUUCCUGCAGAAUGCUGAACAGAGCUUCUGAGCACCAGGAUGUUGAGUUCCAGAUGCAGAUUCCAGUGGCAGCUUUUAUCACCAACUUCACCAUGAUUGUUGGCGACAAGGUGUAUCAGGGUGAAAUUACAGAGAAAGAAAAGAAAAGUGGUGAUAGAAUAAAGGAGAAGAGGAACAAAACCACAGAAGACAGUGGGGAGGACACUGACACGUUCAGAGCUUCCUUAGUGAUUCCCAGCAAGGACAAGGCUGUCUUCCUCCUCAGCUAUGAGGAGCUUCUGCAGAGACGGCUCGGGAAAUAUGAGCAUACCAUCAGCGUGCGCCCCAGGCAGCUGGUAGGGAGACUGAGUGUGGAAGUAAAUGUUCUGGAGACAUCGGGCCUCUCAUCCUUGGAGGUUCUGCCUCUUCAAAAUAGCAGGCAGAAAGGGAGUGGGAAGACAGAAGAUGGUGUGGGACCUCCUCCUUCUACUGUCAUCAACCAAAAUGAAACUUUUGUCAAAGUUGUUUUUAAGCCUACUGUAGUUCAACAAGCUAAGAUUGCCCAGAAUGGAAUUUUGGGAGAUUUCAUCAUUCGAUAUGAUGUCAAGAGGGAGCAGAGCAUUGGUGACAUCCAGGUUCUAAAUGGUUACUUUGUGCACUUCUUUGCUCCUAAAGACCUUCCUCCUUUACCCAAGAAUGUGGUUUUUGUGCUUGACAUCAGUGCCUCUAUGGUGGGAGCUAAACUCCGGCAGACCAGGGAAGCCCUUGUCACUAUUCUCCAUGACCUCCGACCCCAGGAUCGUUUCAAUAUCAUUGGGUUUUCCAACCGGAUUAAAGUGUGGAAGGACCACUUGUUACCAGUGACUCCUGACAAUGUCAGAGAUGGCAAGAUCUACAUUUACCAUCUGUCACCCACUGGAGGCACAGACAUCAACGGGGCCCUUCAGACAGCCAUCAGACUUCUCAACAACUAUGUGGCCCAGAAUGACAUUGAAGACCGGAGCCUGUCCCUCAUCAUCUUCCUCACAGAUGGGAAACCCACCUUUGGGGAGACCAAUUCCCUCAAGAUUCUUAGUAACACCAAAGAGGCCACUGGAGGGCAGAUAUGCAUCUUUACCGUUGGCAUUGGCAAUGAUGUGGACUUCAAAUUGCUAGAGAAACUAUCACUGGAGAACUGUGGCCUCACCCGGCGUGUUCAUGAGGAGGAGAAAGCGGGCGCUCAGCUGAUUGGGUUUUACGAUGAAAUCCGGACCCCACUUCUUUCUGACAUCCGUAUAGAUUAUCCCCCUGACUUAGUGGAACACGCCACCAAAACCCUGUUCCCCAACUACUUCAAUGGCUCCGAGAUUGUCAUCGCUGGGAAGCUGGGAGACCGGAAGUUGGAUCAGUUGCAUGUGGAGGUCAGAGCCAGUAACAGUAAGAAGUUCGUCAUCCUGAAGAAGGAUGUCCCUGUGGAGUCCCGGAAGGUGGGGAAUGACGUCACAGGAGCCCCUGGGCCCACCGGUGAUGGCGGGGAGGACCCCAAUCACCUGGAGCGCCUCUGGAGCUACCUGGCCGUGAAGGAGCUGCUGAGCUCCUGGUUGCAGAGCAGCAAUGAAAAGGAGCGAGAGCAGCUGAGGCAGAAAGCGCAGGCUCUGGCGCUCGACUACCACUUCCUUACCCCCUUCACCUCCGUGAAGCUGAAGAAGCCGGGGCUCCAAGCAGACGGACUGGAGGACACCCAUGGCAUGUCUGCCGCCACUGGGCCCGAGACGGUGAUGCAGAGCCUGCGAGGAGCCGGCGUGCAGCCAGGACCCGCACUCAAGAAACCACACGACCCAAGAAUUAAAAUCUCUAAAACAUCAGUGGAUGGUGAUCCCCAUUUUGUUGUGGAUUUCCCCUCAAGCAAACUCACUGUUUGCUUUAACAUUGAUGGAGAGCCUGGGGACAUCCUACGGCUGGUCUCUGAUCACAUGGAUUCUGGUGUGACAGUGAAUGGGGAGCUGAUCGGGGCCCCAGCUCCUCCAAAUGGUCACAAGAAACAGCGCACUUACUUCCGCACCAUCACCAUCCUCAUCAACAGGCCAGAGAGAUCUUACCUUGAGAUCACACCGAACAGAGUUAUCUUGGAUGGCGGAGACCGACUGGUCCUCCCCUGCAACCAGAGUGUGUUGGUGGGGAGCCAGGGACUAGAGGUUUCAGUGUCCGCGAAUGCCAACGUCACUGUCACCAUCCAGGGCACCAUUGCCUUUGUGGUCCUCAUUCACCUCUACAAAAAUCCAGCGCCCUUCCAGAGAAAUCACCUGGGCUUUUACAUCUCCAACAGCAAAGGUCUUUCCAGCAACUGCCAUGGGCUGUUAGGUCAGUUCCUAAACCAAGAUGCCAAACUCACAGAAGAUCCUGUAGAGUACAGCAAGAACCUUACUAAUCCUCCAUUCCUUCAGGCGGAAGGGACCCCUGAGACUAUCCUAAAGGUGAAAGGACGCCGAGUUCCUGUGGUCUGGAAACAAAGGAAGAUUUACAAUGGGGAAGAGCAGGUAGACUGCUGGUUUGCCAGGAACAACGCAGCCAAGCUGAUUGACGGGGCGUAUAAAGAUUACCUGGCAUCUCAUCCAUUCGACACAGAGACCAUGCUGGGCCUGACAACGUCCAGGCGAUCUGAAACUGGCAGUCUUCUUGAUAAGAGGGUCUGAAAGGACAGUUGACUUUGGGUCUACCAUGGAUGCAGUACUUGUUGCUUGUGAUGCUUUGGCUCUUACAAGGAGUUGCACUGUGUAGCCUGCCUCCUGGUGGAAUGGAGGUCUAAUGUCUACCAAAGGAAGGGGUGGAGGUAGGAAGCUUGAGUGAAAAUACUAGUUCUUCCUGUCCCCUUCCUCCCCUCCUUGUCCCCCUUCUACAGUAGAGUGGAACGGCAGCACUGUGGGGGAGGUGGGCAGCAGGUGUAGUUAGAUGAAUUUUACAGCACCCGGCUUCUCCAUCUCCUGUCUUCCAUAAAGUAACUCCUUCUGAUGAAGCAAGGUUGCUAUGAAAUUUGUGUCCUCUGCUGCAGCAGCUAAGUUUGGGCAGUCUGCUUUCUGCCCUGUGUGCACGCUUAGGAAUCUCUCUUUUCAAUUGUGUUCUCCAAAUACGUAGCCAACCUCCUCUUCCAAGGAGGAGGCCAUUCCACAAUCACAUAAGCCAGCAGUAUAUACAUUGGAUCAUUGUAAAUAACCAAGUCUUUUCUUAGUAAAGGGUUUUCUUUGGCUGUAAAAUCUUGCAAAAUUAGUUUUCAUUUUAUAAAAUUGCUUAAAAGUAGAAAAAGCUGCAUCCCAGAUACUGAUCUCUCUUCAUUGGCUUAGUAGACCUCCUGGCUUUGCUGGUGCGUCUUCUCCAGUUUACUCCAACAAGCUAAGUGCUUUUUAGUAAGUAGGACAAUCCCAGGUGGGUGGUUUUUGCCGGUCUGUCUUGAUGCUGGAGAGCCAGCCGGUUGAAAGAUAAAUCUUUCACUUGGAGUACUUUA